AUGGGGUUGCUUUUGGCGGAGUUGGUUACUGCUGUUGGAGCCCAGUUAACACCUCCCAACACAGUUUGUGGUGCCGAUAAUAUUCAACUCUUUUACCGGCCUAUGAAAGACUGGCCCUUUGAAUGUGAGCGGCGCUUAGUUCUAUUCGAGAACUACUUAAAGGAAUUGGGCUGCGCAUCCGGCCAAACGAUAUCGGACAAAUGCAUGACGACCGUGAAAGUGUGUGGCGAUAACAUCGUAGCUAUGGUUGUGAACGAGACCUCAUUGAUGUCUGGAAUCCGGAACUACAUUUUCAUGCUGUUGCAAAUAAAAUCUGAAGAUGACGUGGUGGCGUACGACUCGCAUGAAGGUGCUAGCUCUUGCCCACAAAUAUGUCCAGUCGACCGCUGA